AUGUACUACAAAUUUAAUUCAUCAAAUAUUAAAUGUUACAAAAGAGAUCAAAACAAAUACCAAAUGAUUACCAAGCCAGGUUCUUUGAGGGAUGUUUUUCGAAUUUAUUUUAUUUCAUCUAUUAAUGGUGAAGAAUCAAUGCUCACUAAUAAGAUUGACACUAUUAUCAAAGUGUUUAACAAGGAACGAAAUGCCAAAUUGUUGGAUACGGUUGUAGAACUUGUCAAGGAUGUCAAAAAUAGUGUAGCUACUUUAGAUUCUUUUUAUGACUUGACAGAGAAUGAAGAUACUCACAGUACUGUUUAUUAUUACUUUGGAGUUGAUGAGAUAUCAUCUGAAAUCUUUCCAAGAAUAUUCAAGAAAUUGAAAGGAGUUUAUUUCCUCAAUCAAGAAGAAACAGACAUUUAUGAUUGUGCAGCAUUUAACACAUCAGUCGUAGUAUUCACAAAUUCUGGCUAUCCUCUACUUAUUAAAACAGAAUACACAACUAACACGGAUACUUAUAGAGGCCGUAUUGUUGAGGAGGAAAAUUGUUCAAUUUAUUCAGAUAUGAUAUUCACACACUCGAAACAUUUCGAUCAACGUGGAGAUUUUCGUCCUGAAUUUGAAUGUAGCAGAUCUAAAUUAUUGAAAAGUAUUCAACCUUUGAUAUUUAAAAAAGAUAGUGCAAUAACUUUGAUGGAUGAAGUUGAACAUCCUGAAAACCAAGCGAAGGAUGGCUUGAUUUAUGCAUUCUUCCAAUGUGCAUUUGGAGUAAAGAAAAAUUAUUUUGCUCAAAAUGUGAAGGAUGAUGAUUGGGUACCUCUUUGCAUAGUUAAAGAUGGUAAAUUCAUUGAAAACCAUGCAGAUAGUUCAGAUGACGAAUUUCCUUCCAAAAAAAGAAAAUACAAGUAA